GCCGGCGGUUAGGGACCUGACCCGGUGGACGCCCUGAGCGGGCGGUGGGGAUGGGGGGGCUGAGGCUGCUGGCUGUGGCUCUCGCGUGCUGCUGGUGGCCGCAGGGCUGCCAGGCUAAGACCCUUCGGGGCAGCUUCAGCAGCGCCGCGGCCCGAGACGGUCAGGGCCAGAGCAUCGGUCACUUCGAGUUCCACGGUGACCAUGCUCUUCUCUGUGUCAGAAUCAACAACAUAGCAGUGGCUAUUGGAAAGGAAGCUAAACUCUACCUGUUCCAAGCCCAGGAAUGGCUAAAGCUUCAGGAAAGCAGCCAUGCUCAUAGCUGUAGUGAAAAAUUAUCCAAAGCUCAGCUGACAAUGACCAUGAACCAGACUGAACAUAAUCUGACAGUGUCCCAGAUUCCUUCUCCACAAACGUGGCAUGUGUUUUAUGCAGACAAGUAUACAUGCGAAGAUGACAAGGAAAAAUCUCAAGUGGAAGAUAUCCCAUUUGAAAUGGUGUUACUAAACCCAGAUGCUGAAGGGAACCCAUGUGAUCAUUUUAGUGCUGGAGAAUCUGAGAUAUUCAACAAGCAGGAGGCAGCUGGACUCAGGCUCCCAUUUUGUCCGUCCCCCUGUGCACUACAAGAGGUGACCCUGGUAAAGGAUGCUGGAGCUCGUUGGAUGCAUGCCGAUUAUGCAGGGCCUGCUAAGAGCUUUUACUCAGCCAGAGUAAAUCCCAUAGACCUGUUCUUCGGCACUCAAGCCUCUGAAGAAUUCCUUACAUUCCUUGCUGCUUCUAAGGAGGCUGAAGCUGCCCGCUCUGCACCCAAGCCGAUGUCACCCUCGGAUUUCCUGGAUAAGCUAAUGGGGAGAACCUCUGGAUAUGAUGCCAGGAUCAGGCCCAAUUUUAAAGGUCCCCCAGUGAACGUGAGCUGCAACAUUUUCAUCAACAGCUUUGGUUCCAUUGCUGAGACAACCAUGGACUAUAGGGUCAACAUCUUCCUGAGGCAGCAGUGGAAUGACCCCCGUCUGGCCUAUAAUGAAUACCCUGAUGACUCUCUGGACCUGGACCCAUCCAUGUUGGAUUCCAUCUGGAAACCUGACCUAUUCUUCGCCAAUGAGAAGGGGGCCCACUUCCAUGAGAUCACCACAGACAACAAAUUGCUGAGAAUCUCCCGGAAUGGGAAUGUCCUCUACAGCAUCAGAAUCACCCUGACACUGGCCUGCCCGAUGGACUUGAAGAAUUUCCCCAUGGACGUCCAGACAUGCAUCAUGCAACUGGAAAGCUUUGGAUAUACCAUGAACGACCUCAUCUUUGAGUGGCAGGAGCAGGGAGCUGUGCAGGUGGCAGAUGGACUAACUCUGCCUCAGUUUAUCCUGAAGGAAGAGAAGGACUUGAGAUACUGUACCAAGCAUUACAACACAGGUAAAUUCACCUGCAUUGAGGCCCGGUUCCACCUGGAGCGGCAGAUGGGCUACUACCUGAUCCAGAUGUAUAUUCCCAGCCUGCUCAUCGUCAUCCUCUCAUGGAUCUCCUUCUGGAUCAACAUGGAUGCUGCACCAGCCCGUGUGGGCCUGGGCAUCACCACUGUGCUCACCAUGACAACCCAGAGCUCUGGCUCCCGAGCAUCUCUGCCCAAGGUGUCCUAUGUGAAAGCCAUUGACAUUUGGAUGGCAGUUUGCCUGCUCUUCGUGUUCUCAGCCCUGCUAGAAUAUGCUGCUGUCAACUUCGUGUCUCGGCAACACAAAGAGCUGCUCCGGUUCAGGAGGAAGCGGAGACAUCACAAGGAAGAUGAGGCUGGAGAGGGCCGCUUCAACUUCUCAGCCUAUGGGAUGGGCCCAGCCUGUCUGCAGGCCAAGGAUGGCAUCUCAGUCAAGGGUACCAACAACACCACCACUACCAACCCCCCUCCUGCACCAUCUAAGUCCCCAGAGGAAAUGCGAAAACUCUUCAUACAGAGGGCCAAGAAGAUUGACAAAAUAUCCCGCAUUGGCUUCCCCAUGGCCUUCCUCAUCUUCAACAUGUUCUACUGGAUCAUAUAUAAGAUUGUCCGUAGAGAAGAUGUCCACAACCAGUGAAGGGUCUGGAGUGUGGGGGAAGGCUGGGAGACAGCAGCAUGGGAAUAGCACAGAAAUCUGAGAGACCAAGGGAAGGGAAGGGGAAGAGCGGGAGGGGCACACACAACUCUUUCUCUGCAAUAUGUGCAAUAG